GCAGCUCAUAGAAAACAGGGAAACCGGCUCCUUCGCCCCUUGGUCCUCUCAUACCCUGUCCUUGUCACCUCACUGCAUCCACUGAUAAGUAUAUAGAUCUACGCUUAUCUUCAAGUCCAGCCACUCAUCCUGUGGUCUACGCUUAUCAAUACGUCAAUAAGUUUUAAUUAACACUGUCUGCUAGUCUGGUAUUAGGAUAUUCAGAUGACCUUCUGCGCAUGAAUGUGGCCGCGCUGCCCUGCCAGGCGUACCUUAAGGUAAUGUCCGCUAUUAUUCUAUGAGUGUGAGACUUUCCUCGUAUUUCUGCCUUAUACGGGACACUGAAGGACACAAGGAGGUGCUGUGAUGUUGCAGGAACCUGGUGAGGCUUGUGUGGGGGUGCUUAUAACUUGUGGUGAUGACUGGCUCAGUGAUUGUGUGGUGGUGGUGGUGUUAUGCCGUGGUGCGCCGUGAGGGUGGCGGGGCCUCCUGUGCCUCACCGCCGCGUGCUGCAGUGCCUCGGUGACUGUGACUGGUUGGUGAGGAGAUAAUUCCGUGGUUGGUACCUCUGCGUGGUGGUGUCUCGUGCUGGUGAAGGUGACAGGACAGCAGGAUUAUUGUUCAGUCGCAAUGGAUAACGAAUGAGAUGGCGCCGAACCGUUUUCUUCUGAAUGUGAUGACAGAAAGUGGACCAAGUUGAGGGAGGACUUGUGUAACUUGUGAGAUGGCGAUGGUUUGCCUCGUUAGUCAGUAAUGAAGUGAGUGUGAGGCUGUGAGGUGCAGGCAUUCUCACAGCGAGGGACACGAGCCCGCUGCCGUAAAUGCAGGGCGCGGCGUCCUUCCUCAGAGACGUGUUAUCACUGGUGACUCAUCCCUCGCCCUCUUGCCGGGCGACCACCCCGUUGCCCUUCCUCUGCCGGCCCAGUGUAGUGCUGCCAUGAUUCCUCCACCCCCGGAACCCCCUGCCAUGAAAAAGGGCACCCCAAAGUUCCUGGAGAUGAAGGAUGGCACCUCGAAGCCUUCCGGGAUGAAAGAGGGCACCCCGCAGUCCCCGGGGGUGAAAGAGGGCACCCCACAAUCCCCGGCAGUGAAAGAGGGCACCCCACAGUCCCCGGGGGUGAAAGAGGACAUCCCACAAUCCCUGGGGGUGAAAGAGGGCACCCCGCGGUCCCCGGGGGUGAAAGAGGGCACCCCGCAGUCCCCGGGGGUGAAAGAGGGCACCCCGCAGUCCCCGGGGGUGAAAGAGGGCACCCCGCAGUCCCCGGGGGUGAAAGAGGGCACCCCGCAGUCCCCGGGGGUUAAAGAGGGCACCCCGCAGUCUCCGGGGGUGAAAGUGAGCACCCCACUGUCCCCCUCUGGAUACACUUUGCAAGACGUGAACUUCGGGCGGCUGUACAAGGCCGCUACGCAGACCAGCAAGCGCGUUCUGAAGGCGGUGUUCCUGGUGGUGAUGCGCCGCGCGCGCGUGGCCGUGGUGGACCCAUGGCCAGCCUCUGUGGCGGAGUACUGCCAGCGGGUGCUCGGCUGGGGCAAUACAAAACUGCGGCAAAACUUCAACAGUGAGGAGCGCAGCCUGCUGCAGCAGCCCGUGGAGGCGGCGGACAUGGACGUGUCGCUGCUCUCCAAGCUGAUGCACAAGCUGUUCGAGGACCUGAGCGUGCCGGAGACGCUGUGGCGCGCCCUGAGGGACGUGAAGAACAUGCGGAACCGCGUGUGUCAUGAACACCUAGUGCUGGACGACCAGGAGCUGACGCAGACCCUCAGCGACUUGAAAGCGAUCUACGACGUGGUGCUGGACGAGGUGGGCGAGGUGUUCGGCGUGCAGCUGGAGGACGUGAGGAGGGCGGUGUGCGCCGAGGUAGACGAGAUCAUGUCCUCGGCGGUGAUGGUGGAGGCCUCGGAGUACUUCGGGAAGGUGGAACAGUUCCGCAUCGAGCUGGUGGGUCGGUUCAUCUCGCAGGGGCAGCGGGAGCUGAUGGACCGUUACUCCAAGCUACAGGUGCUGAACCCCUUCACGUGGCUCAGCAGCGACAGAUUCCCGCAGUUGCAGGUGCGCAGGAUCUUCACGCCACUGCUCAUCAUGGAGCAGAACAGGAAGGUGGAGGACUCCGCGCUGCUGGCCUCCGAGAUGCUGGACCCCGAAACGGGCGAGGAUUCCGGCACGCUGCCCGACGUGGUAGUACUGUCCGGCAUCGCGGGCUGCGGCAAGACCUCCCUGUGCCGCUUCCUGUUGCACGACUGGCGCACGCACGGGGGCGCUGUGGCCUCCCUCAGGAGCGUGGACAUCCUGCUGCACAUCGAGGCCAAGAACGUGACCUCCUGCUCCCUCAUCACCUUCCUGCAAAAGAUCCUGCUGCCGGACACUUGCAGCCAUUUCGAAGAGAAAGACGUCCUGCAGGUGCUGCGGCAGGUGUCCGUGCUGUACGUCAUUGACGGCAUGGACGAGGCCACCGCGGACGCCAAGAUGCUGGUGCGCGACGUAUUCUCGCAGGCCAGCGGCUCGCGCAUCGUGGUCACCACGCGGCCGGAGUACACGUCUGACGUGACGCAGCUGGCGGAGCAGCACCACCUGUCCCACAUGAAGCUGACGGUACACGGCUUCUCCGACGAGGGCAGGAGAUCCUUCGUCUCUCGGGUGCUGACCGCCUUCGUGCCAGACGAGGCUCAGCGGCGCCCUCAGGAGAUUGAGUUACUCAAGUUCCUGAGGACGUCGUGUUCGGGGCUGGCGGGCCACCUUAAGCUGCCGCUCACGCUUGCGCUGCUGGUGUGCCUCUGGCAGGACGACAGGACGCGCAUCGCCAAGGUCACCUCCGCCACCAAGCUCUACUCCGAGAUCUUCAGGCUGUGCACCACCAAGAUGGCGACGCGGCUCCAGGGCAGCUCCGCCUCGCACCCGCUGGACCUGCAAACCUUCGUGGAGACGUGGCUGCUGGCGCUGGGGCGCGGCGCCUACCGCAUGCUGGAGGAGAGCCGCCUGGUGAUUGACGAAGAGACCCAGAAGGAGCUGACCGCCCUGUGCGAGGCGAGGGGCGUGGCCAGUCUGCAGGUGUUCUCCGCCUUCCUGCAGUGCGAGGUGCAGGCCGGCCUGCUCGGCAUGAACCACCACUUUGCCUUCGUGCACAAGAGUCAGAUGGAGUAUUUGGCAGCCCUCUACCUCACCAACGAGGUGAUCACGACGUGCCGCUCCAGCAACACCUCCGUCAGGAGCACACUGGAGGAACUCAAGAUCUUCAGGAGGAGCCUCAAGAAGGAGAGCAGGCGUGACAUCCACGACAUCAUCCUGUUCUCGGGGUGGGGCGCCAAGUGGGUCAACACGUGGCUCUUCGUGGUGGGCCACCUGUGCAUGAAGAAGGCAGCAAACACCGUGCUGGAGGCCGUGCUGGAGGCCAUCGUGUCCGUGCCCGCUGUGACGCACAACGAGGGCACCAUGUGGCGCCUAGUGGAGGAGUCAGGCCGCCACCCGCUGGUGCGGGAGAAGGUCGGCGCCGCCAUGACCAAAGACUACUUCUGGAAGCCGCGCGAGGAGGACCUGUGUGACGCCGCUCACCCGGUGGCCAUGCUGAUGCAGCACACGCCCUUCACGCCGCGCUCCGUGCUGCUGCGCGUGGUGGGCAGCGUGUGCGGCUCGCAGCUGCUGAAGGAGGGUGACCUCGUGCACAGCGCGACCUAUGAUGGCCUGACCUCCGUGCUAACCACGGUGUCCCGGCGCCCCGAGUGCCAGGUGUAUCUCAAGCUGGACCGGCUGUACUACACCUGGGGCGGCGAGGAGACCGCAGACCACCUGCUCAAGCUGCUGCAGCCCAGCGGCAACUUGGUGUGCUUCAUAGGCCACCUGGGGCCGUCAGGAGCCGCCGCCCUCGCCUCGAGGAAGGAGAUGAGCGAGCUGAGAGUGCGCGUCACCAGCACGGAGGCACUGCAGAAGCUGGCGCGGGGCGUGUUGAGCAGGUCCAACCAGGUGCUCAGACUGACGCUGCGCCUCGACCUGCCCUGGGCCUCGCUGACUGCCCCUCUGCCGCGGGUACGCGCCGCCCUUAUCGACAUCAUUUUCCGUGGUGUGGAGGACGCCACCGCCGCCGCCGCCGCCAAGGUCAUGGUGGAGCUGAGUCGGACCUUCUUCCAGGUGGACCUGGUGGCGUCGCGCCUCACGUCGGAGGGCGCCACCACCUUCCUGCAAGCCCUGCGUGCCGCCAAGGUGACCGUCAAGGACUGCCUGGUGGUGCGCUCCCCCCACCGCCUGCAACAGGAAGCCCGGGCUGCCCUGCAGGAGCUGACGGGCGGCGCCGCCUUCCAGUGGUGGUGCUGAAGUGUGUGUGUGUGUGUGUGUGUGUGUGUGUGUGUGUGUGUGUGUGUGUGUGUGUGUGUGUGUGUGUGUGUGUGUGUGUGUGUUAUUUGUACUGUACAUGCAUUUUUAUGACAAUACGAUUUAGUUUAUUUA